CCUGGUAGUCCUCAGCUCCGCUGGCUCUCUGGCCCGGACAAAGUCCGCCAGCACAGUGAGACAUCAGCUGUCUCUUCUGCAGAUGUCAGAGCAGGGAGGAAACCAGCGGUAAUAUCCAUUUAGGAACCGUUGCGAUCCCGUUGACCUCAUUGGUGGUAAGCUGCUGUUCAUGCCUCCUGAACCUCAACAAAGCUCUUUGAGAUGGCCACGGUCGAGUUAUAUACCAAGGGCGCGACGGUGUGGAUCCCCGACCCGGACGCUGUCUGGGUCUCAGCCCAGAUCCUGGAGACCUACAGAGCCGAGGACCAACACCUGCUGCUGCUGCUGAAUGAUGGCAGGGAGGCCCGCCUGCCGGCCGCGGCCCCCAGCGAGCUCCCUCUCCUGGGGAACCCCGCCGUCCUGGAGGGGGCCAACGACCUCACCGCCCUCAGCUUCCUCCACGAGCCCGCCGUGCUGCACAACCUCCGGGUCCGCUUCCUAGACUACAGCAGCAUCUACACCUACUGCGGGAUCGUGCUGGUCGCCAUCAACCCCUACGACCAGCUGCCCGUGUACGGGAAGGAGGUGAUCGACGCGUACAGCGGCCAGGACAUGACCGACAUGGAGCCCCACAUCUUCUCCGUGGCCGAGGAGGCCUACCGCACCAUGACCAGGGAGGAGGAGAACCAGUCCGUCAUCGUCAGCGGGGAGUCGGGCUCGGGGAAAACCGCCUCGGCCAAGUUGACCGUGCGCUACCUGGCUGUGGUUGGGGGGGGCGCCCCGGAGCAGACCAGCGUCGAGGAGAGGGUGCUGGCCUCCAACCCCAUCAUGGAGUCCAUUGGAAACGCUAAAACCACUCGCAACGACAACAGCAGCCGAUUCGGAAAAUACAUCGAGAUCGGCUUCGGGGUGACGGGGGAGAUGUUCGGGGCCAACAUGCGGACCUACCUGUUGGAGAAGUCCAGGGUGGUGUUCCAGGCUCCGUCGGAGAGGAACUACCACGUCUUCUACCAGCUGUGUGCCUCCCGGGCGCUGCCCGAGAUGAGAGCUCUUAGACUCGACUCUGCAGAGCAGUUCCGCUACACCAACCCGGGAGGAGACGUGGAGAUACCGGGGAACGAUGACAAGGCAGACCUGGAGCGCACCCGCAAGGCCUUCACCGUCCUUGGGGUGCCGCCCCACCAGCAGAUGGAGCUCUUCACCAUCCUGUCAGCUGUGCUGCACUUGGGGAACGUCGACAUCCAGGCCAGCGGCAGAGGGGGCGAUCGCAGUUACAUCGACCCAGCAGACAGAUCCCUGGCCGUCUUCUCCAAGCUGUUAGGAGUGGACGGGCCCCAGAUGGCUCACUGGCUGUGCCACCGCCGGCUGGCCGUGGGGGCAGAGACGCUGGUGAAGCCCAUGGCCGGUCAGCGUGCCCUGGAGGCCCGGGACGCCCUGGCCAAGCACAUCUACGGCCAGCUCUUCACCUGGACGGUGCACCGGCUCAACUCCGCCCUGCACGCCCCCCGCCGCCGGCCCAAGUCCUUCAUCGGGGUGCUGGACAUCUACGGGUUUGAGACCUUUGACCGAAACAGCUUUGAGCAGUUCUGUAUAAACUACGCCAACGAGAAGCUGCAGCAGCAGUUCAACCGGCAUGUGUUCCAUCUGGAGCAGGAAGAGUACGUCCGGGAGGAGCUGGCCUGGAGCAGGAUAGAGUUCAGCGACAACCAGCCCUGCAUCGACCUGAUCGAGGGACGCCUGGGACUGCUGGACCUGUUGGAUGAGGAGGGCAGGAUGCCAAAGGGCUCCGAUGAGAACUGGGCGAUGAAGCUGUACGACCAGCACUACUGCUCCCACCCUCACCCGCACUUCAGUAAGCCUCGGCUGUCCAACAGCGCCUUCAUCCUCCUGCACUUUGCCGAUGAAGUUCAAUAUGAGUGCGGUGGCUUCCUGGAGAAGAACAGAGACACCGUGUUUGAGGAGCCUAUCAAUAUCCUCAGAGCGAGUCAGUCAGAGCUGGUGGCCGAGCUCUUCCAGCAACCCGCCCCGGGGGACUGUGAGGCCAGGGCAGGCGGGACUUCCUCCUCUCCGACCAAUGGGAGCCUUCGAUCGGGGAGGAGGAGCCACAAGGAGCACCAACUGACCGUCGGAUUUCAGUUCCGCCAGUCGCUGCAGCAGCUCAUGGACACGCUGAACAGCACCACCCCUCACUACGUCCGCUGCAUCAAGCCCAACGACCUGAAGGAGCCCUUCCUGUUUGACCCCAGGCGGACGGUGCAGCAGCUCCGGGCGUGCGGGGUUCUGGAGACGGUCUGCAUCAGUGCGGCCGGUUUCCCCUCCAGGUGGACGUACGGGGAGUUCUUCCAGCGUUACCGCGUGCUGCUGCGGGGGGCCGCCCCCCCCGGGGACCAGGAGCCGGUCCAGGCGGCGUGCCGGCGCGCCCCGGCCCGGCUCCUCGCCGACCCGGAGCGGUACUGCUUCGGCCGGACCAAGGUGUUCCUCCGGGCGGGGCAGGUGGCCGCGAUGGAGCGGCUGCGGGCGGAGAGGCUCAGGGGGGCCGCGGUGGAGGUCCAGCGCCGGGCCCGGGGCUGGCUGGCCCGCCGGCGCUACGGCCGCGUCCGCUGGGCCGCCGCCGCCCUGCAGAGACACUGCAGGGGGGCGCUGGGCAGGAGGCUGGCCCUGACGCUGCGCUACACGCGGGCCGCCCUGGUGGUGCAGAAGACGUACCGCAUGGCGGCCGUGCGCCGGCUGUACCUGACCAUCGGCCGCGCCGCGCUCACCGUCCAGCCUUCACGCGCGGCAUGUUGCACGGCGACGGCACAGGGAGGUCAGGGCGCACGCGCGCACUCACUCACUCUCUCAACUUCGACCCCUCGACCCCUGACUCUGUGCGACCUUUGACCCCUGCAGGCGCGGGCAGAGCGCGCGGCCGUGCGGCUGCAGGCGGCGGUGCGCGGCUGGCUGGCGCGGCGUGCGUACGGGCGCGUGCGCCGCGCCGUGGUGCUGGCCCAGUGCUGCGCCCGGCGCCGCAUCGCCCACCGCCGUCUGACGGCGCUGAAGGCGGAGGAGCGGUCGGUGGAGAAGGUCCGGCAGCUGAACAAAGGGAUGGAGGUGAAGCUGAUGCAGCUGCAGCUCAGAGCCGACCAGGAGGCCCGAGACAGCGCCUCCCUCAGGGAGACCCUGCUCUGCGAGCGGGCCGCCCACGCGGCCGGACUGGCGGUCCUCCAGCGGGACGUCCGGAGGCUGGAGAGACAGAGGGGGGAGGAGGAGGCGGCCCGAGCCCCGCCCACCGCCCCGGAGGCGGAGCUAGAGGAGAGGAGGCGGGCCGAGGAGAGGGCGGCCCAGGAGACGCUCAGACUCACCCAGGACAGGCAGGCCCUGCUGUUGGAGAGGGACCUCCUGCUGAGAGAGAAGGAGGAGCUCUCGUCCUGCUUACAGGAGCUGCAGCAAACACAAGACGAGUGCGUACGGCAGGCUGUAUCCCGGUCAGGGGCGGAGCUGAGGGCGGAGCUUGAGGAGGAGCGCAGGAAGUACCAGGGUCAGCUGAGGGAGUUCACCCGCCUGGAGCAGAGAUACGACAACCUCCGGGAGAUGAGCCAGCUCACCGAGCGCGCCCAGGGCCACAGACGGACGGACUCCAUCCAGAGCCUGGGCUUGGAGCCUCCCUCCCCGGGGCCAUUCUCCCCGGGGCCUGCCUCCCCCGGCCUCCCCCCUCUCUCCCCCUUCUCCCUCCCGUCCGGGGGGGCAUUCCCCGAGGCGGUCGACAGGGUCAGUGUCUCCGGAACCCCCGGGUCCCCAGGACCCCCAGAACCCGUCCCGGACCGGGGGUCCCCAGCCUGGGGCCCCGGGCGGCUCAUGGACCCUCUGAUGGAGAGGAUGGGCGUGGCCAAAGCCUCCAACACACAGAUGAGCGGCGAGGACCUAGGACACGCCUACGACGCCGUGCGGGUCGCCAACAAGUUCCUGGAGGUGCAGCUGAGCAGCCAAUGCAGGCAGUUGGAGGAGGAGCUGGAGGCUGCCAGGACGCUGGCUGGCAGGCCUCCUAGUGGCCGUCGCGCCACUGCCCAGCAGGAGGAUGUACUUGAGAUGUUGGAGGUUCGGGAGCUGGAGUGUGUGAGACUGAGGAGGGAGCUGAAGGAGCUUCGAGCCACAGUCACCCUGAGAAGACUGUUAGCACAAACCGCUGACACCCCUAUGGCCCCUUUAGAGGUCCCCGGGCCCCCUGCGACCCAACCCAAGCCCCAGGACCCGCGAGGCCUCCUGGAGGUUCGGAAGCGAGAGGAGGCCAAGCUCAUCAAGAACCUCAUCACAGACGUGCGCGUUGACAGCGCUCUGUCCCUCCCGGCCGGGCUGCCAGCCCGCGUGUUGUUCCUGUGUGUGCGUCACACCGACCGCGGCGGAGACCACGACCGCACGCGCUCCUUCUGCAGCAACGCCGUCACCGCCAUGAAGGCAGCGCUGAAGAAGCACUCCAGUGAUGUCAAUAUGACCGCUCUGUGGCUGAAAAACGCCUGCCUGCUGAAUGAUCUGCUGAUGCAACAUUCACCCAAAAAGGCGGGGACCCCAGGCUCAGAGGGGCGGGCGCCCCUGACCUCUGACCUCUCUGACGUGAGCCACGCCCUGAGCAGCCUCUGCAUCCAGGCCUACCAGCAGCUGCUGUCCCUCACCCAGGCCCGCCUCCACCCCAUCAUAGUCCCGGCCAUGCUGGAGAGCGAGGCCAUCGCGGGGCUGACGGGGACCGGCGGCCGACCCCCCGCGUCCCGCCGGCGGGCGGGCUCCUCGGAGCCCCGGGACCCCCCCACCGUGGCGGCGGUGCUGCGGGAGCUGGGGGCCCUCCACGGAUCCCUCAGCCGGCAGGCCGCGCCCCCGGCCCUGACGGAGCAGGCCUUCCGCCAGCUGACCUACGCCAUCGCCGCCGUCGCGCUCAACAGCCUGCUGCUGAGGAACGACGUCUGCUGCUGGAGGCGCGGCCUCCAGAUACGAUAUAACAUCAGUGUGUUGGAGGAGUGGCUGCGGAGCCACAACCUGCAGGCAGGGGGCGCUGUGGCGGAGCUGGAGCCGCUCAUCCAGGCGGCUCAGCUGCUGCAAGUCGGGAAGAAGACAGAGGCGGACGCAGAGGCGCUGGUCGAGACCUGCAAUGUACUAUCCAGCCAGCAGAUCCUGAAGAUCCUCAAACUCUACACGCCACAAAGCGACCUCGAAGAAAAAGUCACUCUGAAUUUCAUACGCUCCGUUCUGAGCGUCCUGAAGCGGCGCUCAGACGGCCGUCCUCCGCAGCUGGUGAUGGACGUGGGCCACGUGUACCCCGUCACGCUGCCCUACCUGCCCCCCCCGGAGCUCCACGCCGGUCAGCUGGACAUCCCCGACGCCCUGAAGAUCUCCUUCCUCCGCAGGGCCUGAAGCCCCCCCCCAUCCGUGUCAUCGGUUUGGAGGAUGUAAUGGAUCUUGAUUAUCAUCGAGCAGCGCAGUGUUUGUAAAACACAGUUGUUUUUUAUUGGUGAUCCUUAAAAAAGCAUAAGGGGUAACAAUGCUUUUUUUUAUUGGUGGUCAUGAAAAUGACACUCAUUUUUCAUCGGUCGUCAUG